AUGACACUACUUUUUUCAUUGCCUACCUUAUUUGUUUUUGGCCACGGCAAACAGGCGGUGUGCAACCCGAUGUUCUACCACAACAGGGCGACCAAGUCCAUGGCGCGCAAGGCCAUCGUCAUGUCCUGGGUCACGUCCAUCAUCCUCAGCAGCCCCGUGCUGUUUGGUAUCGCCACGGAGUUCGACCAGGCCCGCUGCGGCUGCGUCACCAGCCGCUUCAACUUCUCGACCUACACGUACUGCCGGGCCUUCCGCACGGCCACGGCCAUCGGGCCCGUCCUGGUCAUCUGCUUCUGCUACUGGCAAAUCUUCGCGGUGGUACGGAAGCAGUGCCGCGCCAUCAACCAGCUGCCCGUCACGGACAAACAGGCCCGCAUGCGCGUCACGGAGGCCAAGGCCGCCCGCAUGCUGGGCGUGGUGAUCAUCGCGUUCGUGGUGUGCUACAUCCCGUUCACCGUGGUCCUGCUGGUGGGCAAGGAGAAGGUCCCUCCCGUCUGGCAGACGGUGGCGCACUGGAUGUCCUACAGCUCUGCCGUGCUCAACCCAAUCUCGUACGGACUGCAGGCUCGCGAGAUCCGGCGAGGUUUCGGGAAGUUCCUGCCCAGUUUCUGCUCCAGCGAAGCUCGUCGCGGUUCGCUGGAAACUGCUGAAACCGGAGGAAACCGUCUGAAGGAUGACCAAGACCGAGCGAUCAAGCCGAACCCAGUCUUUGCCUUUGACGGAAAAAUCAACCCGGACGACAUUAUCAUCGACGAACAGAUGCCGCCCAAGAAGGCCAGCUCCAGUUCCCAGGCCUCCACUCUGACGAACGAGUCUGGGAAGAGUAACAUCUACGUGCGGAAGGUGGUGAUCACCAACCCGACUGUUUACUACCGCUGUUCGGCUCCUGAGACUGUAUCACUCCGCCCUAACGCUGAUGGCAUCAGCCUGGCCUCCAGCGAUGAUCACGAAUCUGACUUCCGUCCCUUCGACCCGUGGCGCCCGUCCACGUCCACGCUGGGGGAGAACUGCGCAGGCGCCCCCGAGGACAUCUUCACCAUCACCAUGGCAACCACGCGAAGGAACGAGAGCAGGAGAAAGUUCCGUGAUGCAGUGCGAAAGAUCCUGUUAGCCAGACGACUGCGCUGUCAGAAGGCAAAACCAGGCCAGCUGUAUCCUCCGUCUCGUCGGGACCAUCUAGGCCCGGCCUCAGCCACCAACAUGCCCGGACACAAGAAGGUGGUGACCGACCGCUGCCCCUACCUGGUCUUGCUGGAGAAAACUAACGGCACGAGCCCAGAACGGGACCAUGUCUGAACAACGAGGCACAAGCAUAUGUUCGUAUUCUUUAGGAGUGGCAGGGAAGAUAGUAGGACUGGAGAAAGUAAGGAUGCAUUUACGAUUUGUCGUACGAUCGUCGUACAAUCACGAAUUGAUCAUGGGGGCGUUUUGGGGAUAGUGAUGCAUGUUGUAGAAGAUUCAGCCGUCUUUUUAACGCACAUGCUGUCUUAGAGCAUUCUAGGCGGUUGGUUCCGUAACAGUCUGCUUGAAAAUCGCACGACAGCUAACAGGAUCGUACGACGACCUACGACAAAUGUGACCUCGCCGUCAGACGGACUUUGUAAAGAAGACA